GAAGAAGAGUUUCCUUAUAUCACUGGGCAUUCUUUUGUCAACAUGCCUGGAAGCGACAAAGUUGAAAGAUCGAUUCAGCACAGAGCUUACAACUUGUUAGAAGCCGGUCACUCCGCCUCUAAGCCUCUUCAACCGACCAACUUCACUGACACUGCAGCUUUUGUGUCCCCGAGAGUUUCAAAGCAUGACAACCAGGUAGCUACCAGCAGCCAAGAGAGAAAGUGGAGGGUACUGCCUCAGAUGUCGCAGGAGCAGACGCCUAGUAUCAACAGCGAUUCCUCCUUCGUGAACGAGGGCAUCAUCGCCGUCGGGACAGACAGGAUAGACUUGGAGGACGUCUCUUGGCAGAUGGUGGAGAGACAACACGCAGGCCCUUCCCAUCGCCCUCAUCCGCCUCCUCGUCAACAAGAGAAGCCGAGGGCUAAAAGCUCGUGGAGCUCUGAUAGUGAUGACAGCGACGAUUUCUACGGGCAGCCGACCUCCCUCAGCUUGUUAGGAGACAAGCACCGCAACAUAAGCGCAAGGAAAAGCGCUGGAGGCUACCGGAGCUUUCAGCAAGACAAUGCAGCGAGGAUGCUAGACUCCGAAACCUCCGACAGCGACAAGAACUGACGCACUUGAAGAAUCCGAUGAUCUGAUUUUAUUCUCGUGAGCAUGAUUGAAGUUUUCAGGACUCAGACCGUCGGACUCCGAUCUCUCACCGUCUUAUAAACUUGAUAGUCUUG